AUGGUCAUGGCGUCCACCACGUCGGCUGUGCCCCGGCCCCUCUCCCAACCUACGCCGCCCGGCAACGGCAGCGAGGAGGAGCCGCUGGACGCCCGGGACCCGCUGCUAGCCCAGGCGGAGCUGGCCCUGCUCUCCACAGUCUUCGUGGCUGUGGCCCUGAGCAACGGCUUGGUGCUGGGUGCCCUAGUGCGGCGGGGCCGGCGGGGCCGCUGGGCGCCCAUGCACGUCUUCAUCGGCCACUUGUGCCUGGCCGACCUGGCCGUGGCUCUGUUCCAAGUGCUGCCCCAGCUGGCCUGGGACGCCACCGACCGCUUCCGUGGGCCCGAUGCCCUGUGCCGGGCUGUCAAGUACCUGCAGAUGGUGGGCAUGUAUGCCUCCUCCUACAUGAUCCUGGCCAUGACGCUGGACCGCCACCGCGCCAUCUGCCGCCCCAUGCUGGCACACCGCCAUGGAGGCGGAGCUCGCUGGAACCGGCCAGUGCUGGUGGCCUGGGCCUUCUCGCUUCUCCUCAGCCUGCCCCAGCUCUUCAUCUUCGCCCAGCGUGACGUGGGAGACGGCAGCGGUGUCCUCGACUGCUGGGCCCGCUUUGCCGAGCCCUGGGGCCUCCGCGCCUACGUCACCUGGAUCGCCCUGAUGGUGUUCGUGGCACCUGCCCUGGGCAUUGCCGCCUGCCAGGUGCUCAUCUUUCGGGAGAUUCACGCCAGCCUGGUGCCGGGGCCUGCAGAGAGGGCCGGGGGGCGCCGCGGAGGGCGCCGGACGGGCAGUCCCAGCGAGGGAGCCCGGGUGUCGGCGGCCAUGGCCAAGACCGUGAGGAUGACGCUGGUGAUCGUGAUAGUGUACGUGCUGUGCUGGGCGCCCUUCUUCCUCGUGCAGCUGUGGGCAGCGUGGGACCCGGAGGCACCUCGGGAAGGGCCCCCCUUCGUGCUGCUCAUGUUGCUGGCCAGCCUCAACAGCUGUACCAACCCCUGGAUCUACGCUUCCUUCAGCCGCAGCGUCUCCUCCGAGCUGCGAAGCCUGCUCUGCUGUGCCUGGACGCGCGCCCCGCCCGGCCUGGGGCCCCACGAGGAGUCCUGUGCCACGGCCAGCUCCUUCCUGGCCAGGGACACCUCCUCCUGAGAAACGAGGGGCGCCUUCCUUCCAGAGGCUCCACGAAGCUCAGCUGCCUGCCCGGGGACAGGCUCCGCGAUCGCGCGGGGGCCCGGCAGUCAGCUCCUUGGCGCCGCGUGUAGGGAGGGGCUGCGGCGGUGGGCUGCAGGGUCCGGGGCCGGCGCAUGGCUUCCACCCCAACCAGUGCCUGCCCUGCC